AUGAGUUCCUCAACUUUCUUAUUGAUUUGCCUUCAGGCUUUGCUUAUCCAGAAUGUCUACAGUCAAAUCUUGAAUAAUAAUUUGGGAAUUGGAGGUCUCAUUAAUAACGGCCUUGGCCUCAACGGUCUUGGUAUUAACAACCUUGGUAUUGGCAACGCUGGUUUAGCUGUAGCCGAAGUAAACAACAUUGGCUUUAAUGGUCUUGGUAUUGGUAACAUUGGCCUUGGUCUUGGUAACGCCGGUUUGGCUGUAAGUGGAUUGAACAACGCUGGCUUAGGUGUAGCCGGCCUAGGAUAUGGCGCUGGUAUAGGCGUACAAAACGUGGCUGCAACGUCCCAGGUGCCCGUCACCGGCCCGUUCACCGCUAGUGGCAACGCUGAGCUCGUGGUCGGAGGUGACUUUGGCGUCGGCGGUCAAGCUGUAAUCGGUGGCCAGAUCCCAGUACUCGGUGCUGUUGGCUUCUCUGGUGCGAUACCCGCCAGUGGCGUCGUCUCAAUCGCUGGCAACUGCGGCUGCUCAGCUAUACCUUUAUAA